AUGUCCGAUCCGCUUUUCGAGGCCGUUUCCGACGAUGAGCAGACCGAAUCCGAGCUCAACAGGCUGCUGCAGGAGGACCACGAGACGGAAGAGCUCACUGUUCCGGUGAUAACCCGUGAAAGCGAGCCUGAGCCGCCUGCACCAGUGCGUCUUGUCUUUUCAGACCGGGAGAGCAAGACUCUCAACCUUACGCUAAGUCUUGGCUACCAGCGCCAGAUCGUCCAGGAGCUGAUUGAGGACGAUGGAUUGGUUAUACUGGGCAGAGGUUUGGGGCUUGAAACCAUCGUGGCAAACCUGUUACAUGUUUUAGGGUUAUCUGUGAUAGAGGACAAGAAGAGCCUAGUUUUGCUGGUGAAUGCAAGCGAAGCCGAAAUAUACAAAAUCGGCGAAGAACUGCGCGAGCUGGCGUGGCUUGACGGCAAGGACGAGCCGGUCUCUUUUCUGUCUGUGAGCCGAGAUCCGACUACCCUGGACAAACGACGCCGGUUAUACGAAAAGGGCGGAAUCCUGGCCAUAACCACGCGAGUUUUGGUGACGGAUUUUCUCGGCGACGUUUUGAACCCAGACCUCGUGACCGGAAUUGUGUUUUUGCAUGCAGAGCGCGUCAAGGAGUACUCAAGCGAACGGUUCAUCGCCAACCUGUACCGCAAGAAAAAUAAAUGGGGGUUUGUCAAGGCGCUUUCGGACGAGCCAGAGAGCAUGGGCGCCGGGUUCCAGCCGUUGUACACGCGGCUGAAGUAUUUGCGUCUCCAAAAAGUUAUGUUAUGGCCGCGGUUCCAUGUGGACAUAACCAACUCGCUCAAGUCGCGCAAGGUGGAAAACAAAGUCACUGAGAUCAAUGUCCAGAUGACAGACUACAUGCUUAAAAUCCAGACCGGACUGCUUGCGUGCAUGGAAGCCUGCAUAAACGAGCUGAAGCGACAUAACCCGGAGAUCGCGUCCGAAUACUGGACUAUCGAGAACGCGCUGGACGACGAAUUCGUGCGCAAUAUCCGGGCCACGCUCGACCCAUACUGGCACAGGGUCUCGUCAACGACAAAACAGGUGCUGUACGACUUUGCCACUCUCCGAGAGCUGCUCGGCCGGCUGUUUACGUGGGACUCUGUGCAGUUCUACCAGGAGUUAUCGAGCAUCGUCGAGGCAAACAAGCCGUCGGUGACAAACAAUAACAAGACCAUGGCCCCGUGGCUGCUGCUGGACGAGGCCAUGACGGUUAUAUCGUGCAGUAAGGCCCGGGUUUUCGAUAAAGUGCGCGACGACAACGACGCAGAGGCCACUUACUUGCUGGAAGAGCUGCCAAAAUGGGAGCAGCUGGCGAUGAUUUUGGACGACAUCAACGAAGAAAAACAGCACGGUGACCACUCUGAGGAUGGGCCGGUCCUAAUUAUGUGUACGACGGCACACUGCUAUAGCCAGCUACGCAAUUUUCUAAUGAGUUAUAAAGAGUACCGGGCGGGCAACCGCACCGGGUUCAGUGCACGCAAGCUCAUGGUGCGGAUUUUGAAGCAGCAUCUGGCGUGGAAGAAAGGCACGGGCAGCCGCACCGUGAAGAUCCAAAAGGAGCUCAACAGAGUUUCGAACCAGGCACGUAGCGACAUGGACGACGACGUGGCCGUGUCGCGGACGUUUGUGCGUCGCAAGGCGGUGCCGAACAAACGGCGUCGCGCGCGUGGCGGUGCAGUUAUGACGUCGUAUAACCGUAUGUUGAGCAAGACGGAAGACGACGAUACCGUCGACGAUGCGGUCCACGAGGCGAUGGUCGAUAUGCUGGAAAACGAGGUGGGUGCCGAUCUCAGCGACGACGAAAUCAAGGAGGAGGACAUAGGGUCUGUGCCGCCCGAGGAGUUUGAGGAGUUUAUGGACCAUUUGGAGCAGACUCCAGAUUUCGAGGAAGUGCGCUCGCACGGCAUAACUUUUGAGUAUGUCGACCGGACUGACCAAAUUAUCAUCGAAAAAUUUGACGCCAAGGCCAGUAAUUACCUGCUGGAGGAAGUGAUGCCGUCGUACAUCAUUCUGUACGAGCCGAAUUUGGCCUUUAUCCGACGAGUCGAGCUCUUCCAAUCUUUGCGGCACACGAAUCCUGCUCGGUGCUAUUUCAUGUACUACGGAGAUUCUAUCGAGGAGCAGGGGUAUCUGAACAGCAUUAAACGGGAAAAGGACGCUUUCACGCGUCUUAUCAGGGAAAAAUCCAUGCUGCCAAAGACAUUUAUAACCGACGAGGACGAGAGCGCUAGGUUCUUGCCGACUGUUGCGCAGAGCACGAGAAUUGCAGGGGGUAACCCGCUUGACACGAAAAAUAAGGUCGUUGUUGAUGUGCGGGAGUUCCGCUCGCAGCUGCCCUUUCUUUGCUACUUGGCCGCGAUGGAAGUUAUACCGUGCAUGCUGACGGUUGGCGAUUACGUAUUGUCACCCAAAAUCUGCAUCGAGCGGAAGUCGAUACCGGACCUGGUCAGCUCACUGAAAAGUGGCCGGUUAUACCAGCAGUGCGAGCAGAUGUUCCGGUACUACGAGCUGCCGGCGCUGCUGAUCGAGUUCGAAGAGGGCAAGUCGUUCUCGUUGGAGCCAUUCACAGGCUACCGCGACGGGCGGCCGCUGGGCACCGGGCCGGGCAGCACAGCGUUCCAGCAGGAUCUGCAACUAAAGCUGAUGAUGCUGCUGAUUGCGUUUCCAAGCCUGAAAAUCUUAUGGACCUCGUCGCCGUUCGAGACCGCGCGGCUGUUCCGGGAGCUCAAGCUCAACCAGGACGAACCGGACGUCGACAAGGCGAUCAACGCCGGGCUGAACCCACUGUUCGACAAGGACACCUACUUCAACGACAUGGCGAUCGAUCUGAUCCAGAACAUUCCAGGCAUUAGCUCUGUGAACGUGCACUUGAUCAUCAACAAGGUGCGCAACAUCCGCGAGCUGGCGCAGAUGAGCGAGGCCGAGCUGGCUCCUCUUGUUGGGCAGGAGGCUGCGGGCAAGAUUGUGCGGUUUUUUGAGCGGAGUAUAUGA